AUGAUGAUUUACAGUGAAGCCAGAGCUUUAAGGCACAUUGGAAAGCUUCCAAACGAAUUGAUAACAGAAGUUUUUCAACAUCUAGAUGUUUUUGAGCUUUCAUUAAUAUUGCGAGCAUUACUGGAAAGACGUAGGGAAUAUAAAUGUGCGUUGUUUGUAUUACUUGGCUCAGUGGAGAUUUACUGUCAGCUUCUGGGACACGAGAAGAGGUAUAAGAGGCUUGCGAGUCUUCUUACGGUCACCCAAAGAUAUAAAAUUACUUCUGCUUCUAAUUACAAAUGGGAGCGAGUUCCAGUUGUUACUAUCUAUUGCGAAAACCUUCCAAGAAUUGCAAAAUAUCAGGCGGCGAUAAAAAAGAUCGUAAUAUAUGAGAAAAAAGACGAGGGGUCUUGUCGGGAUCACGGGCAAGUGGACAAGAGAAAACUCAAAAUUAUCCAGUUGUUUUUAAAAUGUUGUACAAGGGUUAAAGAAAUUGAGGUUAAUUCUCAUCCUAUUUUUCGAUUUCCCGAAUGCACUCAGUUUUUAAGAAUCAUUAAUACGAGAUUUGCUUCAUCUUUUUCCAUACAUUUUCCCACACAUUUGGAUAAAGUUACUAUAGCUUUGAGCAAUGCAGGCAUCCCUCAGAAUAUCAGAAAAGUAUAUAUUGAAACAGUGAGACUUUGCAUUGAUCAAAAUUUUCGGUUAUCAAAGUUAACUGAUCUUGAGAUACAAUGCAAGGAAAUCGGAGUCCCAUCAAAUGGUGUGGCGUUCAGCAGUGAUCAGUUCCCAUCUUUGGAGAAAUUAAAAUUCGUGGCCACCACGAAUUGCCUACAAGCGCCCUUAGUUAUUGAUUUAAAAACGUUGAAGACAUUGGAAUGUUCAUUUGGGAGAGGCUAUAGCGAUGUUGAAAUUAUUCAUCCCGGGCUGAUAUCAUCUUUCACGUCCAUGUACGGGCGGUAUAGACGGAGCUCACUUCCACCGAUUAAAAAUGCCAAAAAACUUGUAUUGUCCCACUGUUCCGACCUUCCAAAUGCCUUUAAUCUCGAAGGUAUUAAUAAACUUGAACAUUUGGCAGUGGUUAUGUGUAAAAAUGGCGCUCCUCAGAGUUUGCAAUAUUGCAAAAACUUGAAAACUUUGGAUCUAUCUUCCAAUCUGCUCCUCUGGAUCAGUCAAAGCAUACAAGCUCUUCAAAACUUGGUGUCGCUAAAUCUUGAAGAGAAUAGAAUUUCUAAAAUAGAAAAUUUGGAGAGCCUCACCAAAUUGGAAUGGUUACUGUUGAAACGUAAUAAAAUUGAAAUACUUGAAGGUUUAAAAUUGCCCAAGCUCAAAUAUUUGAGCGUUAGUGAAAAUCUCUUCUGUAAAAUUCAAAAUUUGCAAGACCUACGGAGCCUUGAAGGGCUCAGUAUAUCGUCCAAUCACAUGUCAACGGACUUUGAAGGAUUAUACGUGUUGGCAGAUACGCUUACUUCUUUUUCUUGUCUUAAUGCCUCCUACCAUCCAAUCUUUGUGAAUCUUGCAAGAUUGCCUAAACUAAAUAGCAUCAAGACUUAUGAUUACCUGAUCCGCUUCGAUAGAUCGUCAAUUUUCCCCAACUUAGAGGAAUUACUGUGGAUACUUACUACUCAGAAGACUUUAGUUUCAAAUGUGGACCUCUCAUGUAUCAAGGAGCUAAAGCUUACUGAAAACCAAAUUGUUAAUGCGUGUCACCGAGAAAACAUGCCUCUAAUUGGGAAAAUGACAAGUUUAGAAGUUUGCUGUUUGACUGAAGCCGGAAUAUCUGAUGUCAGUUACCUUGCUACAUGCACCAAGCUUCGUAAGCUUGAUCUAUCACAUAACAUGAUAACAUCAUUCAAUGGAAUUCAAAAUCUUCGAUAUUUGGAAUCCCUUGAUAUUCUGAAAAACCAAUUGGAUAGCUUACAGAAUGUUGUAGUGAAUUGGCCACUGAUGACGUAUUUUAAUCUUUCUUGGUGUGAGAUUGUUGAAUUACCAACUUUCAACACUCCCAAAUUGUCAAGGUUGUUAUUGGAAGGUGAUAAAAUCUAUAUGAGACUGUUAUUAAGGUUGAGGAAGAUAAAAAGUUUGAGGUACUUGGCACUUGAUCAAGUUGAGCUGUCUUUUAUCAGAGCUGUCGGUAUACACGCACUAUGCUCAGAAUAUUGA